GAAGCGCGAAAUUUACAGCAAGAGAAAAAAGCUACCGAAAGAGUGCAAACUCUUCUAUUGAAACAAUUCCGUAAAACAGAUGUUGGGCCAUUAAAAAUCAACGUCUAACACUUUGUUUGCGCGACUUAACAUAAAUUAAUGGUGGCACUAAUCAACUUCAUAAGAUUUUUAAUUGCUGUAACAAUUCUUCAGGUUUUUUUUUAUCUGAAGGAAGUUUUGCGUUUGCAUUGCAUGUAAUUGACCCACUUAACAGAUCGGACCAGUAGAGUCGAGUGGUGUAUGGUUGGUAGAUCCUUUUAGCGAACAACUUUGAUGGGACAAUAAUGUCACUCCAUCGUUUGUGUACGUCGUUGAAGCUUUGGAGUAACAAAUAAACAUAACUUUUUUGGCCAAUUAAAAAAGUACAAAAUCACUGCCGGAUAUCAUCUGCUGUUGGACCUUGGAAUAAUUACGAUCAGCAAUUAAAAUAGCACGCUAUUGCGUGUGAUGAUUCCAUUGCAUGAAUAUCAAUUUUCAAUAGCCUUAAACCUUUAGUGAGCUUUUGAACAUUCAUCAUAGCUGAACAAUCGUUCAGUAUUAUAUUAUCUGACUUUUUGACACCAUGAAAGCCAUUAAAGAUAUUGUGCACCCUGUGAAAAAGGAAUUUCGCCGGGAGAAGUGUGGCUUUGAACAUACGCCACCAGAUGAUUUUGUAAAAUCACAAUGGCAGAGUCGUACCAAAAGUAUUAUUUAUUUGGUCUAUCGCUUCUUUUUGGCGGCAUUUUUCAUUGCUGUGGUCAUUGAUUCCAUUAUUGACCACUGCACUAUGGCCAGUUUUGGAUUGUAUUUCAUCUACAUGACCAACUGGGGGAUCCUGCUAUGUAUGAUCACCAAUGUGUAUGCCCUUAUUUUGGUGCUUAUUUGGCAUUAUCGUCCUGAAUACGCAGAUAAACUCCUUAACCUUGAAUCCCUUACCAGCCCUUUCCGCAUUUACUGGGCUAUUCAUAUAACAACAUUGGUGGUAUCUAUUGUUAUAACAAUCAUUUACUGGUCGCUACUGUACGAUGCAAAUGAAAGUAAUUUGACUGCCACCAAUAUUUUGACCCACAUCCUAAACUCCAUUUUCAUGUUUGUGGAUUUACUGAUAGUUGCUCACCCGUUGCGUUUAUUGCACAUGUUCUUACCAGUGGUUUUUGGAACGAUUUAUGCUAUAUUCUCGGCAAUAUAUCAGUUAAGUGGUGGUCAUAACAUCAAAGGAAAACCUUACAUAUAUCAUGUGAUUGAUUGGGACAAACCCGUGAAUGCCACUUUGACUGUGCUGGGCUGUCUGCUAUUAUCCUGUGUCGUUUAUAUGGCCUUAUUCACGAUUUACAAACUAAGGGCAUUGCUGUACCGGCGAGUCAACAAAGCCUCUUUCAUAUUACCCACCACAACACCUCCUCCUCCGAUAACGAAAAAGAAAGCUGGAACUGGAAUUCGGCAUUCAGCAUCGGGUAUUUCAAUGGUGCUGGGCAACUUUGAGGGAAAAACAAAUCCCGCCUUCUCCAAAAGUUCCGAAAAUAUUAAUAACCCCUAAAUACAUUUAACUUAUUUAGUAUUUAUUAUAUUGUAUAUAUGUAUGUUUUAACCUGAAAUAUUUAUUUGUAAGAAAGCGAUAGAUUCUUUUUAGCUGUAUAUGAAUUUUAUAUAUCACCUCUAGCCAAAACAAUGUCCUUUUGAAUUUAAGUGUAGUUAGACUCAGGGUAACCUUAUUGUAUUUUUUUAUAAAAAAAAAACUCGAAGAAAUUGUAUUAUUUACGUAUGUAUGAAAUAAGAGUCACGAUGCAUAUACAAUAAUAAUUAUGUGAAAUGGCUGCCGUAUGAUAUUUUUA